GAUAAAAUAUUACUUUGAAUAAUUUUAUAGGGCCUAUCCUUAAAUAAAUUGAUUUUAAAAACAGUAAUAGUAGAAAUUCCAUUUUCACUAUACGAAUUGUUUGUUUCAAGUCAAAAGCAACUAUUAAGUUCUAUUUUUUCUUCUUUACAGCUUCAUCAUGUCAUCAAGAAUUCAGCAGCGACGGCACAAAACACGGCACAUUAACUUCACCGCACUACCCAUCACCAUAUCCUCCGAACACUCAUUGCCACUACGAAUUUUUCGGGAGGGGCAAAGAGCGAGUUAGAUUAAUAUUUCAAGAUUUCUACUUAUACAAAUCUGCUGAUGGAUCUAUUGACUGUACAAGCGUGGAUUCGUUACAAGCUUUCGUCAACGUGGACGGGCGGUUAGAAAAGGUAGAGACGUUCUGUGGAAUCGACCUCCCGAAGCCUAUUAUGUCGAAUGGACCGAAACUAAUGCUGGAAUUCCGUGGAACGCAGUCAUCAAGAUACUCGAGAGGAUUCAAAAUAUCAUAUUCAUUUGUAGAAAAUUUCGGAAUAAACACAGGGAGGCAGUUGAAGGAGUUUCCAUGUGCGUUCGUAUAUAAUAGUAGUGAGGCGCACAAUGGUACAUUUGCGUCCCCAAACUCGCCGGGACCAUAUCCAAGGGAUACAGAAUGUACAUACUUCUUUCACGGUGGCGAGACUGAGAAAGUGCAUCUGCAUUUCACGAAUUUUGACGUUGAAGGAGUUUUACCAUGCCAAGCAGUGUCGGCGAGUGAUUAUGUCGAAUUUUCAAACUAUAUGACUGAAGACAAUAGAUUCGGUAGAUAUUGUGGACAAAUGAAAGAGUUCCACGUAGAGUCUGAGAGGAAUUUCUUCAAAGUAACUUUUAGGUCGAACGACCGAUUAGAUGGUACAGGUUUUAAGGCAAUCUAUCAGUUUUUAGAAGCUACUGAUGAAUACCGAGCUCCACCUGUACAGGAUAAGGCUUCACAUUCUUUAUGUAUAUUUGACCAUUUUCUAAUGCUGCUCAUCCUCGCAAUACCACAGCUGUAUCAUCAACUAUAUCAUUAAAUAAAGUGAUAUUAGAUUAAAUAUUAUUAAAUAAAAAUAGUUUAUAAUCCUGUAUAUUUUGUAUAAUAGUAUGUGCCAUACACCUGUAAUUACGUAGAUAUGCAAUAUUUUCUAUAAAAUCGCGUCUUAUGUUUUCUUCUAUUGUCUACCAACUUAAAGCAAUACCGUACGAAACACAAUAAAGAUUUAUUCAUAAUGGCACGUCGUAAAACGAAAUAAAUGAUUUGAAUUAAUUGUAUUUUUAUUGAAUUUAC